ACAAGUACAACCUUUUCAUCCACCAAACUUUAACCUAUGUAUAUAAAUAUACAACAUUACCAUUUACCAAACUUUCAUCAUGCAUAUAAUACUCGUCAUCAAGAAUUCCUACUCUUCUCUCUGACAGAGAACACAAAGUAAGUAAGAAUGGUACAGACGAAGAAGUUCAGAGGUGUCAGGCAGCGCCAUUGGGGUUCAUGGGUCGCUGAGAUUCGUCAUCCUCUCUUGAAAAGGAGGAUUUGGCUGGGGACGUUUGAGACUGCGGAGGAGGCAGCAAGAGCCUACGACGAAGCCGCCGUUUUAAUUAGCGGCCGCAACGCCAAUACCAACUUCCCCCUGAAGAACAACAGCACCAUAGACACGUCUGAGAGCAAAACCGACACUUCAGCCUCUGCAUCUUCAUCACUCUCUUCCAUCCUCAGCGCCAAACUGAGGAAAUGCUGCAAGUCUUCUUCUCCAUCACUCACCUGCCUCCGUCUUGACACGACCAGCUCCCACAUUGGUGUUUGGCAGAAACGCGCCGGUUCCAAGUCUGAUUCCAGUUGGGUCAUGACGGUGGAGCUUGGCCCCGCUGGCCCCUCCCAUGAGCCUACUAGAAAAGCUUCACUAGACGAUGUUGGUCUGGCCACUGAGGUUGGCGGCGGCGAAGAAGAAGGUACAAUGGACGAGGAAGAGAAGGUUGCUUUGCAAAUGAUAGAGGAGCUUCUCAAUACAAACUAAAUAAUACUUGCUUAUAUAUAAUAUAAACAUAUUGUAUUGCUGAUUUACAGCCAUAAUUAUCAAUUAUACCCUAAUGUUUAUAUAUCGUGUUUAUAUUUACAUGUGUUAUAUAUUGUAUCCUCAUUUUUAUG